UAAAACUACCACGUGCUUUCAGGGGGAACUGGGAACUGCGCGAGAUAGGUCCAAUACGGUGUAUCAAGAUGGUCAAAAUCCAGUGCUGGAAGAUACUUCAGACAGUGUGGAUAUUCUGGUCUUUGGUCAUGGUGGGUGUUAGCGACUCUCUCCUUGGUCCAAGUCUUCUGGAACUCCAGUCUCUGCUGCAGGUAGACCUUCAGCAACUCAACUUCGUCGUGCUGUCCACCGGACUCGGUGACUUCGUCGGCGCCAUUCUAGCAGGCCUUCUCAGCAAGACGUGUGGCUGUGACUUGAGACUUUCAGUCUCUGUUUUGCUAGGAAGUCUCAGUGUUGCUCUGUCUGCCGUGAUACCCAAUUACUACUACGUGUUGACAUUUUUCACAUUACAAGGCUUUCUCAGGGGAUUUGUGUACUGUUAUGCAAUAGAAAAAUGCAACGCCCUGUGGAGAGAGAAUAAAGGGGUUCCAUUUCAAUGUAUAUUACUCGGAACAACCACUGGAGGAAUUAUCUCACCCUUGUUCAUCAAACUAUUUCUCUGUACACCAUACGACCCCGAGACGGCAUACUUCACCGCCACCAACGUCAGUUAUGAAAACGUGAACAUCACUGACCUUAAGCACCCAGUAUUGUACAGGCCACAAACACAGAGCUCCGAGUUGUCAACGUUUGCAAAUGCUUCAGACAACGCAACUUUAUCAACAUCUUUAAGAUGUUUACCCCAAGACGUUUAUAUCACAUAUGCUUACUAUAUAUUGGCGAUCCUUGUUCUGCCACCUGCAUUUGCAUUCUUCAUCUACUGGAGACAAAACAAGGGAAAAUCAUCCGACGAUGCUGUUAGAGUAACACGGGAAGAUCUUACCAAUCACGAACCCAAACAAGCCCUUGUUAUAUUGUUUUCCGUAUUAUUUGUUAUAUUAUAUUUUCCCCUACUUGGCAGCAGCGUGAUGUACUCCACAUAUCUAACAGAGUUUGGUGUUAAGGGACCACUUCACCUAGAGAAACCUAAAAUGGUUAUGAUGACGUCAUUAUAUUGGGGUUCGUCACUUCUAGGAAGAAUUAUCGCUAUAUUUCUGACACCGUUUAUUGGCGUAGAGAAACUCAUAUAUUGUUGUAUGAUCCCAUUACUUAUUGGUGAAACAGUUUUGGUUUUUACAGUCCAAUAUUCGGAAGUUAUUCUGUGGAUUUGUACAUGCACAAUCGGAAUCUUCAUAUCGCCAAAUGUUGGAGCCGGAUAUGCAUGGUGCGCGAAAUAUGUGAAAUUUGGUCCUCGAAUAAUUUCCGCUUCCGGUGCCUCACUAGGUCUCGGGGCGAUGGUUCUGCCAUUUGUUGGUGGGGUUAUGUUUGAUGUUUUUGGACCUAUGUCCUAUUUAUACUUAUGUUAUUCAUUGUACAUUUUUGUGGCUCUUUUGUUCUGUACAAUGCUUAUACUAACCAAGAAAAUGAAAUCUCCCUCAGUAGAGAUAGACGUAGAUGUGGACAUGUGUGAAGAACGUCUUAGUCCCGAAAAAUAACGUUUCCUUGUGAUACUUUUGAACUAGCUAUUCGAUGUCCGUCAUCCGUCGUAAAUAUAUUUGCAGCCCGAAACCAUCAAUUUAGUCACACGAUUGUGUUCAUGAACACGCAUGUUCAUUUUGCGUUCAUUUUCGUGUCAAAUUGGUUGGCAUGUCAUAAAUUGAUGUUCUGUUUGUAGUGAGCACAAAAUAUAGUUUCAGAUUUUAAUAUAUUGUUUUUAACAGUGUUUUUACCAUCAUCUCUUUCGAAAACUAAGCGAGCUGAACUAGGAAAUCAGUCGUGCUUGUAAAGCAUACUCUGCAGUAUACGUUUCUUCUAUAAUCAUAUGUUGUUUUACAGAUAGCUCGUCAGGUACAUAAUACUAAAGGAGAGCUAAACUAGUCUGUGCAUGAUCAGUGCUAUGAAUAUUAAAAUCAUAAUGACAAGACAGACGAUUUUUAGAAAAGACAUUUCUUUUUCUUCUCAAAAUAUGUUGACCCAAAUUUACUUAAACUAAUAAAUGUUGUUUUGCCUGCAUUAUCCCUUCGAGGUGAUGAACAAGAUGAACAGGUUCCUUUUAUAUGUUAUUAUAUGUUUUAACAAAACGGUUUGUGAUGACGAGGAAUUGUAAUUAUUUGCCUCAUUGACAUGGGUUUUUAAAUCAAAACUGUCUGUCUUUAUUAUAUUUCGAGCGUAUCAGCUGCAUGUAGGUUUAUCACAAAUCGUUAGAGUGUAUCGUGGAUUCAAACCCCAUAUAUUAUUAUGCAAAAAAUGAUAUUAAAAACACUCCUUUAAAUUAGCUAACACCUGAAUGGGGUAAUCAGUACGGGAUCAGAUUCAUUAAUUUGGCAUUUUAAAGUAAACAAGAUCAAAGACUGAUAAGUGUGCUUACCAAGAGGUGCAACCGGGUACACUAUUUCACUGGGUAGAUAUUGAUUGAACUGAGUGUUAUUGUGUACAUUUCCAAAAAGUAGUGAUCCUUGUUCGGGCUUGGAUAGUUUAAUGUGUGUGAGGAGCGUUAUUGUUUUGUUGCUCACGGUUGGCAUAAUGUUUUUAAAAACAAGCGUCAUUUUUCACCUUAUUAAUUGUUUAAGACAGCUGGGUAUAACAGCGGGGUAUAACUUUACAGCUCACAUGACUAACCUUCCAAAGCUGUUGACUAUAGAAAUUUAUUGUCAUACCACUGUGUUUUAAUUAUGUAGUAAUGUUAAAUGUGUGUUUAAUAACGGUAAUGUGCAUCCAUGUGUAGAAACAUAUGUGUGUGCUGCAAACUGUAUAAUAGCAUUAUGUUUAUGAAUACUAUUCUGUGACAGAUGGUAAUUGUUCGAAUGUUAUCAUGACAUUGAUCAUAUUAUUGUCUCCCUAGACUACACUAGCGGCUGAUUAGGACUGCAAUGUGGUCUGCUUACACAAUGGGAAUUGUUGUUCUCAAGGAUUUUCUUUAUCUCUUGAAACACUGUAAUUCCUCUUGCACCAUAUAUAUAUAUAGGUCCAAGAUAUUCCGAAUUUUACAUAUCGCCAACUUCUUAAUCGAACUGUUUUUGUGUAUAUCCACCAUUUUACAGAAAACAUGACAUUUUACAGGGCAGGCGUUUGACAUUAUAUGAUUUUUAUGUAUAUCACAUCUCUGCAAUAAACAUUAAACUAUUCUA